AUGAAUAUCCACCACUUUGUGUCGGACUGCCCAUUGGCUAUAGAGGACACCUCGCCAAGCACACAAGAUAAGCUGAACAAUGAGUAUCAUCAUCACCUCUCUUCCAAGGAUAAAUUGACCUAUGGACCGUUUCUUCAAUCUACUUGGAAACACAAUUUCCUUCGUCCCAACUCGUCACCGCCUUUAUCACCCUUUCAAGAAGAACCUCCAUCCCAGCCACAACCACAACCACAACAGUUUUCCCGUCGAUCUAGCACGGACCUCUUUGUCGGAGCUUCACGAAUGCAACGAAAGCGUCGACGACCCCCACACUCGUACGCGUCCAUUAUUGCACAUGCCAUCCUCAGCAGCAAAGAUCAGAAAAUGACCUUGCGAGAUAUCUACACAUGGGUUCAGACCAUGUAUCCGAAUCUGUACAAGGUCAACGAAGCCGGUUGGCAGAAUACAAUUCGCCAUAAUCUUUCGUUGAAUCGAUGUUUCUUGAAGUUUCCCCGAUCACCAACCCAAAACGGCAAACCUAAAGGGAAGGGCGGGUAUUGGGGGAUUGAUAUCGAUCAACUUUCCAACACAGCUUUUGGAAGGCAUAUCCUGGACACUGGUACUCCAGGUGGUUUCGAGUAUUUCGAUCAUGUUUCACCGAUUUAUGGCGCCGACUCCUCCACCACUACAGACAGCUCCAUGCAUCCGUGGCCAGCACGCCAUUCCACGACAAAAACCAUGCAGACAGUGGAAACCAUGCAUCCCAUAGAUCCUCCACACCGGUCUCCGGAACCAUUGCCGUCAUUCCAUGUGAACUGUGACCAUGGCACCUCAUUGCACGACUAUGAAGACAGAGACUUCCAGCAGCAGCAAGUCGUGGUCAAUCAAUUUUAUCCAUCCCUGACGAAUAUUUGCAGCCUACUAGAUUAG